AUGGUCAAAGCAAAAACUGUAGAUCACAUUGAGAUGGGAAGUGUCAAUGAUCAGGAGUUGCCACUUUUUAACUUGCAGGCCAUAGAAACUACAACUGAUCAAUUUGCCAUGCAAAAUAAACUUGGUGAAGCUGGCUUUGGACCAGUUUAUAAGGGAAAAUUGCCCCAAGGUCAAGAAAUUGCAGUAAAAAGACUUUCCCAGAGAUCAGGACAAGGAGUGAAGGAGUUCAUGAAUGAGGUCACCCUGAUAUCUAAACUCCAGCACAGAAAUCUGGUGAGGCUUUUGGGAUGUUGCAUACAAGGAGACGAGUAUAUAUUAAUCUACGAAUACAUGCCCAACAGAAGCUUGGACUCGUUUAUGUUUGAUUCUACCAAACGAACACUGUUAGAUUGGACCAAACGUGUAUCCAUUAUUGAAGGAACUGCUCAAGGGCUUCUUUAUCUCCAUAGGUAUUCAAGGCUGAGGAUUAUUCAUCGCGAUCUAAAAGCAAGCAACAUAUUGUUAGACAGUGAUAUGAACCCCAAAAUAUCUGAUUUUGGAAUGGCCAGAAUAUUUGGAGAAAAUGAAACCAGAUCAAAGACAACAAAAAUUGCUGGAACAUAG